AUGACUGAAGCGGCUGCGAAUGGUGCCUCUAAAGCUGGCAUCGACUUUCUUUCAACCAAGCCUGCUCUCUUUUCCUCUUCUACCAAGAUCCGUAUAACUCAAUUAAAAACUAUUGACGAGAAGUUAAGGGACAAGACUAUCGAUCAGUCCUCAAUACCUACGCUACUCCAAUUACUUUUUGAUACCCACCGUUUAUACGAUGAUAGACCUUCUAGGAGAGCUGUCGAGUCUUGCCUUACUUCCGUCUUCGCGACAACUAGUGAUGCUAAAGUGUUGACGCCGUUUAUUACUUCUCUGCGACAGGAAUCUCAGAAGCCCGGAAUAGCCGCCAAGAGUGCUUUUGUCUUGGUCGAGUGGUGUUCCAUUCUCUUACAAGAACUGGCUGGCAAGCCUUUAUGGGACAAAUUCGGAUUGGAAAUUAUUUAUGCCGACGCUGCCGCCCUUGAAAAAUGCCUUCAGUCGACAACUAGGCCGAACGUCGCGCAGUCGGCUUUAGUGGUUACUCGUCGUGGUUUGCGCGCAGCGUUCUGGUGCGGCGAGUUUCGGGAGAAAGUGAUCCAGGACGCUGUGAAGGCCCUUACGACUAAAGGAGCUCAACCGACCGCGAGGAAUGCUGUCAUACUUGGCGUAAUCGCAGGAGUGAGUUAUCGACAUGCUGAAGCCAAGAAUAUAUUGACUACUACAAAGCCGGAAUAUUUUACUUUUUUCACUAGAGAGCUUGUAGGGUCUCGCACACCCGUCCCUGCUCAUAUUGCGACUGGCCUGGGUGAUUUCUUUUCCGAUUUUGUUACCCUAGACGAUUUGGAUAAGGACAUUAUCCCCCCUAUCGAAAAAGGUCUCCUACGUGCCCCAGAAGUGGUUUUGGAUUUAUUAGCAUCGUUGAUUCGGGCUCUCCCCAAAGACUUGGAUCUUUCGCAGGCUUUGAACGGACGUCUUCUGAAACCCCUACUAUCAAAUGCCAAAUCUAGUAAUCCAACAAUUCGCGACGGCGUUUUAGCCGCCUUUAGAGAGGUUGUGGCUCGCAGUCAUGAUGAAAAACUUACAGAUCAAGUUGCCGAGGAGAUUUUGAAUCCCCUUAAAUCUGGAAAACUGGCUUCUGCGGACCAUCGUAUUCUUCAUUCACAGAUGCUAGAUCAUGUGCCAUUAUCUAACUCGAUCGCAACCAAGAUAGCUACUGGUCUUCCUCCUAUCGCAACCAAAGAAGGAAAUGAAGGGGUUCUGGGGGCAGAAAUAUCUGUCAUUGGUAGAGCCGUCUCUUAUCUAUUGAAUGAUGGUACCGAUUUACCGAAGCCUGUCGUUGAUGCAUUUGUCAAAGGUCUCAGCGACAGAAAGAUACCUUCACGUAGAUUAUGGCUACUUCAAGCUGGAGAAGUCUUCGUGCCUUUUACCCAAGAAUCUCAGUCUGUCUCGGAAAAUGCAGCCAAGUUGAUCGAGGCUAUUUCAGGGCCGCUCGCAGAUACGUGGGCUGAAAUCACCAAGAAUCCGGCAGCGGCGGCCCAGAGCGGCUUGAUCGUAGGCGCAUACGUUUCUUCGGCUCUGUCCCUGCAAGUCUUGCCUAAGACCGAUGGUGUUACUGUUAAACCUACCCUCAAGAAGCCAGCUGUUUCAAAGGAAUGUCUUGUGGCCGAUCCCAAACCUUCAUUUCUUCUCAACCACCGAGUAUAUGGUCGACUAUCUACGGAAGACGAUGCGAGAUGGUUUCUGCGAGCGCUCGCAGCUAUCUAUAACGAUGUACCAAAAGCCCCUAAAAAUGUACAAGUAGUCUGGUUUCAAGCCCUCAUUUAUCUUGUAUCCUCAAUCACCGUACCUCCCCAGGUUCGCAAGGAGGCCAACGAAACUGUUUCGAGGCUUUACGUCCGAGACCCAUACUUCUUUGCGGAAAUUGCUAUCGACGGGUUAUGGCGGUGGAUCGAAUCAUCUCACAUGGAGGAUAAGGACAGUAUAGCAGCAAGCGCCAAAUUUGAAAAUGCUCAUUUGCAUCUAAUCCUUAGGUCAAUCUGUCUAAGUGAUGACGAAUUCAAACACUUGGGUGCCCAGAAAUCUCAAGAAGGAUUGGCCAAGCAGAUGUGCUCAUUACUCGUUAUCGCCCGGAACGAUUUGGUCCCCAGAGCAAGCUGGAUAGAUCUUUGUCUGAGAGUCGGCCUCGACCCUGGAAGCCUAGCCCAGAAAUACGAGGAGGAAUUACUACGGCAGGUAAUAGAAAAGACAAGUUUUGACCAGAAGUCGAGCGCAAUCAAGCAGGCUGCUUGUAACGCAGCAGCGGACCUCGCGUUUGUAGCACCGAAUACUAUGACACCAAAGAUCGUCGAGCUCAUCCGGGCAGAUCUAACGACGGAGGAGCUUAAAGAUAUCGGACCCGUCGAAGCGGCAAUAUUCCGAACUCCAGAGGGUACAGCCUUUAUUGACGUCCUCGCAAAAAAGCAGACGCUUCCGGAUAAGAACACUAAGGACUACGAUACGCUAAAAUGGGAGGAAGAACUCAGAAGUCAACUGGCUCAGAAAAAGGGACAGCAGAGGAAGCUUACUGCCGACGAGCAGGCUAAGGUUAAUGCUCAGCUAAAGAAAGAAUCUGAAAUUCGACGGAAGAUUCAGCAUCUGGAAUCACGGCUCAUACGCGGUUUCGGUAUCAUCAGGAACCUCGUCAGCAGCCCGCCGACAGAGCCGAACCUAUGGAUCGGUCCUUCAAUUAGCGCUCUGCUAGCAGCCUUGGAAGCUGGUGCGGGUCUCAUAACUGGUGAUGCUGGCCCUACGGCUUACUUGGCAUGUUCUGAUCGCGUCACUCCCCGACUAGGGGCUAUUCGGCCUUUCAUCGGUGUCGCAACUCUACGUGCUCUCGGGAUUACUUCUCUGCCGGAGAAUAUGACGGAGGAGGGCUUAGAGGAACUCGUAACGAGAGUCCUGUAUCGCCUUCGCUUCGCCGGCGAGCAGCGGCCAUUUGAUGCCAUAUCCGUGAUUUACAUGCUAUCUUUAGUAUUUGUGAUAUUACGAACGGGCGGCGUCGGAAAUGGUGCCGACGAGCGGGACGCACAGCUGGUGUUGGCGAUUGAAUUCCUUGCGUUCCAUACUCAUGUUUGCGCCGACGAGACAAUCCCACGUGCCGAUUUAAUAUCUACCCUGGUAUCCUCGAUGCAGCAAUAUAACCAGCACUAUAAGAUCAUAAAGGAUUGCUUUACGGAUAUGGUCCGCUGCGUUGCUCCGAACAUUAGUAUUCACGAGAUGACCGUCCUCGCGAAAGGUGCAAUUGUCCCGCAAGCUUCGGUCCGCGAGACUGUUCUGCAGUCGAUCAGUGCCGAUGUUGAUAUGAGCGAUCUCGAUUUCUCGGAGGAAAUCUGGAUCGCUUGCCACGAUGAUAUUCCCGAAAACGUCGACCUUGGUCACGAUAUUUGGGAAGAGAGCGGUUUUAAGCUAUCCAAAGAUGUUCCUUUUAAAUUGCUCCCAUAUCUCGAGAGCAAAGAUGCCCAGCUCAGGAGGGCUGCUGCACGGUCCCUCGCCGAGGCGUGCAAAGCGUACCCUUCAACCAUCGAUGACAUACUAGCAAAGCUCCGAUCUUCAUAUGUCGAAUUUGCUAAGCCUCGGGUUGCCCAGCUAGACGAAUAUGGAAUGCCUAAAAAAACUGAUUUAUCAGACCCCUGGGAAGCGCGACACGGUUUUGCGGCGGCAUUCAGAGAACUUGCCGCCCAUCUACAGAAAUCGCAGAUCGAUGACUUCUUUAACUUCCUCAUCGACGGUGGUCCUUUGGGCGACCGGAACGCUACUGUGCGCGGUGAGAUGCUUGAUGCAGCGCUUGUGGCUAUUGACCUCCACGGUAGAGCGCUCCUAGAUAAGCUUAUGAAGACAUUCGAGCGCACACUUGCUGCGCCAGACAAGGGUUCGGAGGCGGCAGAUCGUGUCAAUGAAGCGAUUAUCGUUAUGUACGGCGCUCUUGCUAGGCACUUGAAGCCCGGAGACGCAAAGAUCCCGGUUGUUCUGGAGAGGCUACUUACUACCUUGAGCACGCCGUCUGAAGCUGUGCAAUACGCAGUGGCAGAAUGCCUACCGCCUCUAGUACGGACCUGCGGCGACAAAUCAUCUAAAUAUUUCGAACAGCUCCUCGAUACGCUCCUGACAUCCAAGAAAUAUGCCGAAAAGCGAGGUGCCGCAUACGGGUUAGCCGGCUUGGUUCAGGGGAGAGGUAUCUCUGUGCUGAGAGAUUAUCGCAUCCUCGUUACGCUAAAGAGUGCAACCGAAAACCGUAAGGAACCUCAGCAGCGCGAGGGUGCGUUUCUCGCAUUCGAACUCUUUGCGAUACUCCUUGGUCGUCUGUUCGAGCCGUACGUCAUUCAGAUUGUACCCCAGCUUCUCUCUGGCUUCGGCGAUACCAAUGCAGAUGUGAGAGACGCAUGUCUAGCAGCAGCUAAGGCUUGCUUCGCGAAGCUAAGCUCGUACGGUGUUAAGCAGAUUCUGCCGACUCUUCUUAACGGUCUCGAGGACGAUCAAUGGCGUAGUAAACGUGGCGCGUGUGAUCUUUUGGGUGCUAUGGCGUACCUAGACCCCCAGCAACUUGCACAGAGCCUUCCCGAUAUCAUACCGCCGCUCACAGGUGUGCUAAACGACAGUCAUAAAGAAGUGCGAACAGCGGCCAACAAGAGCUUGAAGCGUUUCGGCGAGGUCAUCGAGAAUCCCGAAGUGAAGAGCUUAGUCGACAUUCUGCUUAAGGCUCUGAGCGAUCCUACCAAAUAUACCGAUGACGCUCUGGACGCGCUCAUCAAGGUACAAUUCGUCCACUACCUCGACGCGCCUUCGCUGGCUCUCGUUACCAGAAUUCUCCAGCGAGGUUUGGGAGACAGGUCCAAUACAAAACGCAAGGCUUCCCAAGUCAUCGGAAGCUUAGCUCAUCUGACCGAGAGGAAGGAUUUAAUUGCACAUUUGCCGGUCCUCGUGUCCGGGUUGAAAGUGGCAGCCGUCGAUCCGGUUCCGACGACGCGGGCGACCGCAUCCCGUGCGCUGGGCUCGCUGGUAGAGAAGCUCGGCGAGGAUGCCCUACCGGAUCUAAUUCCCGGACUCAUGCAGACCCUCAAGUCGGAUACGGGCGCCGGAGACCGUCUCGGUUCCGCUCAAGCUCUCAGCGAAGUCUUGGCGGGGCUUGGCACUACGAGAUUGGAGGAAACGCUUCCUACGAUAUUGCAGAACGUGGAGUCCUCCAAACCUGCCGUCAGAGAAGGUUUUAUGUCUCUAUUCAUCUUCUUGCCAGUCUGUUUCGGAAACAGCUUUGCCAACUACCUCAGCAAGAUCAUUCCUCCUAUUCUUGCUGGCCUUGCUGACGAUAUCGAAUCGAUCCGCGAGACCGCCCUCCGAGCCGGUCGGCUGUUGGUCAAGAACUUUGCCGCAAGAGCUGUCGAUCUUCUACUACCCGAGUUAGAGCGUGGUCUAGCAGAUGACAGCUACAGAAUCCGGCUGAGCUCCGUCGAGCUAGUCGGUGACCUGCUAUUUAACCUGACUGGUAUUAGCGGAAAGGCCGACGCGGAAGAUGAGGAAGAGAGCGCAAAGGAGGCAGGCGCAUCUCUACGCGAGGUACUUGGAGAAGAGAAGCGCAACAAGAUCCUCUCUGCUUUGUAUAUAUGUCGCUGCGAUACUUCCAGUGCCGUCCGAGCCGCUGCUGUAAGCGUGUGGAAGGCUUUAGUCGCUACGCCGAGAACUCUGAAGGAACUUACGCCGACUCUCACGCAACUAAUCAUUCGCCGCCUUGGCAGUUCUAACAUGGAACACAAGGUGAUCGCCAGCAAUGCCUUGGGAGAAUUGAUCCGGAAGGCUGGCGACGGCGUCCUAUCAAGCCUGCUCCCAACGCUCGAAGAAGGCCUCCAAACUUCGAUAGAUACGAACGCCAGGCAAGGAAUCUGCCUCGCACUCAAGGAACUUAUCGCAUCCGCUUCAGACGAGGCCCUCGAGGACCAUGAGAAGACAUUAAUAUCCGUCGUGCGAACGGCUCUAAUAGACUCUGACGAGGACGUUAGAGAAGCCGCUGCUGAGGCGUUCGACUCGCUGCAGCAGAUCAUCGGCAAACGAGCCGUCGACCAAGUGCUUCCACACCUCCUCAGCCUGCUGCGCUCUGAGGACGAGGCAGACAAUGCUCUGUCUGCUCUCCUAACCCUCCUCACCGAGACUACUAGGUCUAACAUCAUCUUGCCGAACCUCAUCCCGACACUACUCACCCCCCCUAUCUCCACUUUCAAUGCUAAGGCUCUCGCGUCUCUGUCUCGGGUGGCGGGCCCUGCUAUGAACCGGCGCCUACCGAGCAUUAUCAAUUCUCUCAUGGACAAUAUUGUGAAUGCCAAGGACGAUGAGCUCCGUACCAACCUCGAGGAUUCGUUCGACACGGUUAUACAGUCGAUAGACGACCACGACGGGCUCAAUACGGUCAUGAACGUCUUACUGCAGCUGGUUAAGAAUGAUGAUCACCACAAACGUGCUGUAACAGCAUCACGACUUGCCACAUUCUUCACUAGCUCUAGCGUAGACUACUCACGGUAUAACCAAGAUAUCAUUCGUGCCCUCUUGAUCUCGUUCGGCGACCCUGAUGUAGAGGUCGUCAAGGCAGCGUGGGCAGCGCUCAGCGAGUUCACCAAGAAGCUAAAGAAGGAAGAUAUGGAGGCCCUUGUGAUAUCUACAAGGCAAACAUUAUUGCAAGUUGGUGUCGCCGGCUCCAACCUACCAGGCUUCGAGCUUCCAAAGGGUAUCAACGCUAUCCUACCUAUCUUCCUCCAAGGUCUUAUGAACGGGACUGCAGAACAGAGAACUAGUGCCGCGCUCGCUAUAUCUGAUAUUGUCGAUAGGACAAGCGAAGCUUCUCUUAAGCCGUUUGUCACGCAGAUAACGGGCCCUCUCAUCCGUGUAGUAUCAGAACGAUCUACCGAUGUUAAAGCGGCCAUUCUUUUAACACUCAACAACCUACUCGAGAAGAUGCCGACGGCGCUCAAACCUUUCCUGCCCCAGCUCCAGCGGACGUUCGCAAGAGCGCUCGCGGAUACCGGCAGCGAAUUGCUACGGUCGCGGGCUGCCAAGGCGUUGGGCACUCUGAUCAAGUUUACACCGCGGGUGGAUCCAUUGAUUGCGGAGCUCGUCACUGGUUCUAAGACGUCGGAUCCAGGCGUCAGGACUGCUAUGCUAAAGGCUCUAUAUGAAGUUAUUAGCAAAGCAGGUUCUAAUAUGGGCGAGAGCUCGCGGACGGCGGUGCUAGGAUUGAUCGAUAUGGACACAGACACGACUGACUCGGCGAUGAUAGUGACCAAUGCUAAGCUACUCGGCGCGCUCAUUAAGAAUGUGCCUCCCGAGAUCGCGCACGGUUUGUUGAAGAACCGUGUGACUACAGGCCACUUUACCAGCGCGUCGGUUCUCGCGCUAAAUGCAGUAUUCGUAGAGUCGCCGCAGGCGUUAUUAGAGAGUCCAGUAGCAGAGGACCUGCCCGAUCUGCUCUGCCAAGGGAUGUCAAACAAGAACCUAUUCAUAGCAGAUAAUAGCAUUCUAGCAACGGGCAAAUAUUUACUAACAGACUCUCCAAAGUCUUUCGAAUCGACAAAACCGAUCUUCUCGACACUAGCCACCAUAAUCGGCCCUGGAAACCCGUCCGACUCCCGUCGUCUUGCGUUGGUAAUAGUACGCACCGUUUCGCGAGCCAACUUGGAUAUAGUCCGCCCUCAUCUCCCACUACUAGCGCCACCUGUGUUCGCGUCAGUGCGGGAUCCGGUGAUACCUGUUAAGCUAGCAGCCGAGGCGGCAUUUAUUGAACUAUUUAGCGUCGUGGAUGAAGAAGGCAAGGUCUUUGAAAAGUACAUUAGCGGCACCGGCGCAGAUCUACCGGCAAACACCAAGCGGAGCAUGCAAGAUUAUUUCAAGAGGGUGGCUGUCAGGCUCGGUAGCCAGGCUCGAGAAAGGAGAGAGGCAGAGGGUGGCCAAGGAGGAUUAGGGUUGAGCAACGACGAAGUAGAAGACGAAAAGGAGAUAUGGAGCGUUGGUGCUGUGGAGAUUGGAGGUGGUGUCUUCUCACAAGAUUAA